AUGGCAACUGCGGGAGUCCAAUCGUCAACCUCCCCGCGCUUACCCAGUCCCCCACCGCUCACAGAGGUCCAGAUUGGGCCCCCGUCUCCAUCGGUCGGCGACGAGUCCUCCGGCCAGGAUGCAGAGCAAUCACUAGGAUACACCCCGGCCAACAACAACGAUGAAGCUAGUGCGACGCGGAGAGUUCGACCCGGGAGUAAAGCAAUUGAUAUGGCUGCUGGUCCGCCAUUGAUUCCUCUCGCGCAGCUCGACUCCCCAUUCCAACUCCAAGAACACCUGAAAGCCCUGCACAACCACUAUACCCGACCUGAAGGCUCCGAAACAGUUAUUCCGAUCCACCGCGACAUCGCGAUCCAGCUUGCGGAACCCCCUGAAGGCGUUGACCGGGCGCUCUGGCUCUACGAACUAUGCCGCUUCCUCACGAUGAAAGUCAACAACCUUAUCGUUGCCUUCUUCGCCGAGAACCCACCCUGCUCCAUCCAGACGUGUCCCGAAAUGCAAGCCUCGGAAUGGCAGUACCUCUGCGCCGUCCACGAUCCCCCAAAGACCUGCUGCGCUAUCGAUUACUGCUGUCACACGCUCGACUGGGCUACGAACAUCCUUACCUCUCCCAAACACUUCCCCAGUCGGUUGACGCUGGGCUCAGAAGCAAGCGGUGGACCGCAGGCGAGUAUGAGACACUUGAUCAAUAUUUUCCGUCGGGUGUAUCGAAUCUUCGCGCAUGCUUGGUUCAAGCACCGGGAGGUGUUCUGGCAGGUGGAGGGUAACGAGGGACUUUAUAUCUUCUUCAAGACGGUUUGCGAUGUGUACCAUCUUAUGCCGGAGGAUAGCUACACAGUUCCCGCGGAGGCAGAGGGUAUCGAGCCGGCUGCGGAGCAGCCCGCGGAGAAGCCGGCGGAGGGACUACGAGUUACGAUACUGCGAAAGGAGGAUGAAGGAUCCAAGGACGGCGACACUAGUGCUACCGCACGACGUCAUAAACACUCUCCGUCCACCGGUUCGCGCGUCGCUACUAUCGCUGAGAGUGCUGAGGAUAACGAGGAUUCUAAAGCCGAAUUAUUGGAGGUGAAGGAGGACGCUGCCCCGGAGAAGGAUACCGAAGAAGAAGAAGAAGAGGAAGAAGAAGAAGAAGAAGAAGGCGAGGAGACUACCAUUGCGCUCGAGGAACCUUGGGAGGUGACAGAACAGCCGAACGGCGAUAACAUCGUUAUUCACGAGCAGGAGAUCAGCGAGGAACCCAAGUUUGAGGAACCCAAGCUUGAAGAACCCGAGACGACUGGGCCGGAAGAGGAGUCGCAAACACAGCCUACAGAGGAGCAAGCGAAACCCAGCCAAGCUGAGGAGCCGCAUACAGAGCCCGAAACGAGCAAACCGGAAGAAGAGAUCGAACCCUUCCCGGCCGCAGAGGAACCAUCCUCGGAGCCAGCACCGGAGCCCACGCCGGAGCCCACGUUGGAGCCCACGUUGGAACCAGAUCCGGUAGCAGAGCCUGAGCCCACGCCGGAGCCGGUAGCAGAGCCUGAGUCCAAGCCAGAGACAGAGACAAAGACAGAGACAGAGGAAAAGAAAGAGACAGAGGAAAAGAAAGAGACAGAGGAAAAGAAAGAGACAGAGGAAAAGAAAGAGCAACCAGCAGAACAAGACAAGGAAACCAAGUCCGAGACCGAACCAGAACCGGCUAAGGAGGCUUAA